AUGGCUUCAGAGACAGUAACCGAACGACCUCUCACCGCAACGGUCCCAAUCAAUACUGCAACAGUACCAAUCAGUACAGAUGCGACGAGGCCUAUCGAAGCAUUGCAGGUUGAAGAACCUCGCAAUGAAGAGGAAGACAUCGUCUUUCCCACCGGCCCAAAGCUCUGGUCGACCGUGGUAUCGAUGUGCAUCGCUCUUUACCUUAGCGGUCUCGACAUCACCAUCGUCGCAGUAGCAGUACCAAGCAUAACCGACGAAUUCCAAACUAUAGCAGACAUAGGAUGGUACUCAGCAGCCUACGGUAUGUCCCUCAGCGCAUUCGUCUUCUUCUUCGGUCAAAUCUACACUUUAUUCUCCACGAAAGCAAUCUUCCUAAUCGGCAUCGCAACAUUUGAAAUCGGCGCUCUAAUCUGUACUCUCGCGCCCUCAUCAGCAAUCUUCAUUCUCGGCCGCGCAAUAAGCGGUUUAGGCCGUGGCGCCAUAAACGGCGGCUUAUUCAAACUUCUUAAACAAUGCUUCCCUCUUUCUAAACAAGCUAUAAUGAACAGUCUUCUCAGCGGCAUUGGAAGCCUAGGUCUUAUUACGGCGCCUACGAUCGGUGGUGCGUUAGUUGAUGCGUUUUCGUGGAGGGCUUGUUUUGGGAUUAAUAUUCCUCUUGGAGUUUUAUGUUUUAUUUUGACUUCUUAUGGUGUGCAUGAGGCGCCGCAGUUGAGAGAAAACGAGCCGCAGUUGACGUUUGGGGAGAAGAUUAAGAAGGUGGAUUAUUUGGGGACGCUUCUUGCUGUGCCGGCUGUUACGUGUCUUCUCAUGGCUUUGCAAUGGGGAGGCACAAAGUUUGGUUGGGGAAGUUGGCAGAUUAUCUUGCCUCUGGUGUUUUGCGCGGUCUUAUUCGCUGGCUUUGGGUAUCUGCAGUACCGUCAAGGUGAAAAGGCCUUGAUUCCCCCGAGAAUCUUGAAGCAGAGGAGUAUCAUCGCGGGAAUGUGGUUUGGAGCUUGUUGCGAAGGAGUUUUGGCUGUUACGGAGUACUACAUGUCGAUUUACUUCCAAGGUGUUCGCGGAUACUCACCCACAAAAGCUGGAUUGCUUGCUUUGCCUAUGGUGGGCGGUUUAUCUAUCGCCUUUGUUGUAUCUGGUCUUGGAACGACCUGGCUUGGAUACUAUUAUCCAUUCAUGAUCGCUACUAGUAUCCUGACACCUAUAAUCUCCGGCCUUCUCACAACAAUCGAUCUAGACGAACAAAUAACAAAAGCAGUCCUCCUCCUCGCCUUCCUAGGCCUAGCAGUCGGUCUCGGCCUGAACAGCCCCAUGAUAGCUCUCCAAGCCGUUCUCCCCACCGAAGACGUUUCCCUCGGUGGAGCAGUUCUUACUUUCGGGGCAGGAAUGGGUUCCGCGCUGUGGAUCUGCGCCUCAGCAACGCUAUUCCAAGACCGUCUAGCACACGAGAUAAAAGCAGCUGCGCCAGACACGAACGUAGACGCGCUUCAAAAAGCGGGCUUGUCAAAAAUGAGAGAAUCUGUUGGUGCUGAAAAAUUGAAGAGUGUGCUUAUGGGAUAUGAGAAUGCGGUUGUACAGACUUUGUAUAUUCCUUUGGCGUUGGCUGUGCUUACUAUUGUUGGAUCGGUUGCCAUGGAGCGCAAGUCCAUCAAGAAGAAACAGUCCUAG